UUCACACCAUUCCCCACAAUCAAUCACAAUGUCUAAAACUCUCCAUAAACCCUUAUUUCUUAUCAUCAUCUUCAUCCUCCACUCUUUCACCACCAUCCACUCCAAAUCAUUUAAUUUCAAAAAACAGAAACAAACACACCUUCACUUCUACUUCCAUGACAUAGUCACCGCCCGUCACCCCACCGCGGUCAAAGUGGCCUCUGCUCCCACCACCAACACCACUCGUAGCUUCUUUGGCCUAGUCAUGAUGAUGGAUGACCCAUUAACCGUGGGGCCUGAACCGGGGUCUAAACUAGUGGGAAGAGCUCAAGGGUUAUACGCGUCCGCGGAUUUAAAAGACUUGGGACUUUUAAUGGUCUUGAACUACUAUUUUAUGGAAGGGAAGUACAAUGGGAGCACUUUGAGCAUACUCGGGCGGAAUGCGGCGUUGACGCCAAUGCGAGAAAUGCCGAUCGUUGGCGGCACCGGGCUAUUCCGGUUUGCUAGAGGUUAUGCUCAGGCCAAGACUCAUAGUAUUGAUUUCAAAACUGGGAAUGCCGUUGUAGAGUAUAAUGUGUUUGUUCUUCAUUAUUGAAGUGUUUGUUUUCCACUUUCUUAAAAGUUAGUUAUUCAACGGCUUAAUUUGGAUGCUUUUUGUGAAAUAAAUUGUUUUAUUUAAUAAGGUUUUUACUGAUCA